UCAAUCAAACAUACUACAACGCAGUACUCUCUGCUCUAGGUUCUGCCUUCAAUCAUUCCGAGAAUAUUCAGGCAAUUUCUUAUGGUUUGACCUAUAAAACUGGCCUACUAUCUCGGUCUUCUUGCAAAGAUGGAAGACCAGAGCCUUGUGUUCACACUGGAUGAAGCACUUGAUGCUGUGGGGUUUGGGAACUUCCAGGCUCUUGUGCUUUCUUAUGCAGGACUGGGUUGGUUUGCAGAAGCAAUAGAGUUUAUGCUUAUCACUUUUGUAGGACCAGAAGUUGAGUCUGAGUGGGGACCUUCAUCAGGCCAAGAGAGCCUCUUAACAACUGUUGUUUUUGCUGGCAUGCUAGUUGGAGCAUAUAUAUGGGGCCUUAUAUCAGAUACCUAUGGAAGGAGGAAGGGUUUUCUUGGCAUGGCUGUGUUAACUAGUGGAGCUGGGUUCUUAAGUGCCUUCUCCCCAAACUAUAUAUCAUUGUUGAUUUUUCGUUUUUUGGUUGGCAUUGGCCUGGGCGGAGGGCCUGUAUUUAAAUCCUGGUUUCUAGAGUUUGUUCCUGCUCAAAAAAGGGGCACCUGGAUGGUUGUCCAUUCAACUUUUUGGACAUUUGGAACAAUGUUUGAGGCUUCACUUGCAUGGAUAGUCAUGACAAGAUUGAAUUGGAGGUGGCUAUUGGCUUUCUCCUCUGUACCAGCAUUUGCUUUGCUUUUCUUCUAUACUCUUGUACCAGAGUCUCCAAGGUUUCUGUGUAUGAAAGGUAAUACCAUUGAUGCACAUCACAUUCUGGAAAAAAUUGCUCGUCUCAACCAGACAGAGAUGCCUUCUGGCAUGCUUGUUUCCAAUACAAAAGAGAGACAUGAUGAAGAGUUUGAUCCAACAGAGGAAACUCAUUUACUCUCCUCAACUAAAAAGAAGACUGAGGAAUUGAAAAAAGGCCUCUCAUUGUUUUUUAUACUUUUCUCGUCAAGCUUAGCCCGAACAACCCUUCUCCUAUGGUCGUUAUAUUUUGGAAUUGAUUUCUUAUAUUAUGGUAUUAUAUUUCUGACCACUGAGCUAAGUAGUGUGGAAAGCAAAUGUGGCUCAACCAUGUUCCAUCUAGAAAAUCUCCAGGAUGAUAGCCUUUACAUAAAUGCAUUUAUCACAAGUUUGGCAGAGUUUCCAGGGCUUCUGUUAUCGGCAAUAAUUGUAGAUAGAGUAGGACGCAAGCUUUCAGUGAUAAUUAUGUCCAUCUUAGCUUUCAUAAUCCUUCUUCCACUGGUUUUCCAUCAGUCUGCUAUAUUAACAAUAGGGUUAUUGUUUGGAGUUCGCAUGUGCGCCAUGGGAAUCUUGACAGUCGCGCAUAUAUAUGCUCCUGAGUUAUACCCAACUUCUGUGAGAACAACUGGGGCUGGAGUUGCAAACGCUAUGGGAAGAAUUGGUGGAAUGAUAUGCCCCUUAGUAGCAGUUGGAUUAGUAACUGAUUGCCACCAAACAGCUGCCAUUAUUCUAUUUGAGGCUGUCAUAGUUCUUUCAGCCAUCUCUGCUCUUCUGCUUCCAUUUGAAACCAAGGGCCGGGAAUUAAGUGACAACUUAGCCGUAUCAAAGUCUACAGAAGUUCCAGAAUUUGGUGAUUAGUUUAUACCCUCACACCUCUAUAAUGACAGCUAUC